GCUUUAAAUGCGGAGCGGAGCGGCGGCCGCGGUGCUUCUCGCCAUCCGUCGCUACCGCUGUCGCUCUCGCAGGCGGCCGCCGCCAUGGCAGAGGCUUUCUGCGGCACCUGGAAGCUGGUGGACAGCCAGAACUUCGACGAGUACAUGAAGGCGCUGGGAGUGGGUUUUGCAACACGGCAGGUGGGGAAUGUGACUAAACCCACUGUGAUUAUCUGCACCGAGGGGGACAAAGUAGUGAUCAGGACUCAAAGCACUUUCAAAAACACAGAAAUCAGCUUUAAACUUGGAGAGGAAUUUGAUGAAACUACCCCCGAUGACAGAAACUGCAAAUCAGUUGUGACCCUGGAUGGCAACAAGCUAGUGCAUGUACAGAAGUGGGACGGCAAAGAGACAAACUUUGUGAGAGAAAUCAAGGACGGCAAAAUGGUAAUGACUCUCACUUUUGGUGAUGUGGUUGCUGUUCGCCAUUAUGAGAAAGCAUAGAGUUUACCUGACCUCUGUCCAGAUGUUACUUCUGCUGGAUGGAUUAACGUACUGUCCAUAAUCAAACAUAGCUAAAAAGCACAUUUCUGGCAUGAAAGGUUAAUAGUUUGAGGGAUGUGGUUUUUGUUGUGUUUUUUUUUCUUUUUUUUUUUUAAAAGAACAACUUUAUACCAUCAAAUUGGCGUGCUUGUCCUGUCUAGUGAAAUAGGUUAACCCUGGCAUUAAAUUUCUGGAACACUUGCCCCUCCCCCUUUUUUAACAGUAAAUUGAACAUAUUUGAAUUGUUUUGGAUUGCUGAUCAAACAGAAAUUAAAAAGUUUUUUAAACCUGU